AUGGUGAACAAGACUCGUUUGGGCCUGCUCGGCCUGUCCCUUGUUGCGUCUGCUCGGGCGACCAAGUAUGGCUACAACAGUGUCGUAGUUCGGAAGGAUACCGACAUUGUGGCCGCGAACUUCAAGGACGUUGAGGGUGUUGACCUGCUCUCGCCCGCUUUCCUGACUCCCGACACGAUACCCGAGGGUUUCUCGGAGGGAACAAAGGGGCCCACGGACGCAGAUAUUCUCGAUUCCUUUGUUCAAGACCUGGCCGACAAGAACAAUUGGUUGACCUACAACAAGGCUAACUUCACGUCGGAGGAAGGACGUCCAUUCCCCUACCUUCAUCUCUCUUCCACCAAGCCAUCGCGGAGGGUAUCCAAUUCUACUGGCAAAGUCCGCGUCUGGGUUCAGGGUGCUGUCCACGGCAACGAGCCCGCAGGCGACCAGUCCCUGCUGGCUCUCCUCGGCGCUCUGGACGCAAACCAAACAUGGGCUGCCUCGCUCCUCGACAAGCUCGACAUCGUCAUCCUGCCGCGCUACAACCCCGACGGCGUGUUCUACUUUCAGCGCACCCUUGCCACGAACUACGACCCGAACCGUGACCAUGUCAAACUCGCCCGGAAGCAGACCCGCGACAUCAAGACCCUGUUCGGCGAGUUCAACCCCCACGUCGCCAUCGAUAUGCAUGAAUACAGCGCCACAUCCCGCUACGGAAGCUACUACCACGCCGCCGAUGGCCUCUUCUCCGCCGCCAAGAACCUCAACAUCCACCAGGACAUUCGCACGCUGUCCGAGGAGCUCUUCGCCAAGAACAUCGGAUCGGCCAUGGAGUCAAAGGGACUUCGUUGGGAGCCGUACGUUACAGGGUCCACAAGCACCAACCCAGAGUUCAAGCCCACCUUUGCCGAGGCCGGGUCGGACGCCAAGAUCGGUCGUAACGCCAUGGGCCUCACGCAAUGCGUCACCUUUUUGAUUGAGAUGCGCGGUAUCUUCCUAGCCGACCAGGAGUUUCAGAGACGUACCGUCGCCGGUCUGACGAUGGCCUCGAGCAUCCUGCAGACCGCGGCCGACAACGCUGAGAAGGUGUACACGACCAUUGAGUCCUCCAUCGCCGACUUCAAGUCCUCGAGCUCGGAGAUCGUCGUCACCGACUCGUCGCCCCUAGUCCAGCGCACGUACACCAUGGUCAACAUCAACAACGGCUCCGUCACUCAGGUGCCCAUCAACUUCCGCUCCACCACGCCCGUCACCGCCAACAUCACCCGUACCCGUCCAGAGGCCUAUCUCAUCCCCGUUGCCUGGGCCGACCUGGCCGAGCGGCUGCGGGUCUCGGGCUUGGAAGUUGAGACUCUCGCCGGGCCGUACAAGGGCACCGUCGAGGCGUACAACAUCACGUCCGCCGUGUUCGAGACCGAGUACUACGAGGGAGUCGUCCGCGCCGCGGUCACCACGGCGCCACUUACUAAGGAGGUCGACUUGCCCGCCGGCAGCUUCCUUGUCAGCACGAAGCAGAAGAACGCCGCACUCGCCUUCGUCGCGCUGGAGCCGGAGAACAUUGACUCGUAUGCCAGCUUCAACAUUGUGCCUGUCGAGAAGGGCGACGAGUACCCGAUCUACAGGGUGUUGGCUUGA